ACAAAGGUCGCUCUUCUGCAGCCAGCUUGCCACAACUCCCUGAGAUCUCCCAGGUGGCAGCUGCCUCCCCAAGACAGGCUCACUCACCAUGACCAGGCUGAGCGCCCAAGUCAAAGGCUCUCUCAACGUCACGACCCCUGGGCUGCAGAUAUGGAGGAUUGAGGCCAUGCAGAUGGUACCUGUUCCUUCCAGCACCUUUGGGAGCUUCUUCGAUGGUGACUGCUACGUCAUCUUGGCUAUCCACAAGACGGCCAGCAACCUGUCCUAUGACAUCCACUACUGGAUUGGCCAGAACUCCUCCCAGGAUGAGCAGGGGGCAGCUGCCAUCUACACCACACAGAUGGACGACUUCCUGAAGGGCCGGGCCGUGCAGCACCGCGAGGUCCAGGGCAACGAGAGCGAGGCCUUCCGAGGCUACUUCAAGCAAGGCAUUGUGAUCCAGAAAGGCGGCGUGGCUUCCGGCAUGAAGCACGUGGAGACCAACUCCUUUGAUGUCCAGAGGCUGCUGCAUGUCAAGGGCAAGAGGAACGUGGUAGCUGGAGAGGUAGAGAUGUCCUGGAAGAGUUUCAACCGAGGGGAUGUUUUCCUCCUGGACCUCGGGAAGCUAAUCAUCCAGUGGAACGGACCUGAAAGUAACCGCAUGGAGAGACUCAGGGGCAUGACUCUGGCCAAGGAGAUCCGAGACCAGGAGCGAGGAGGGCGCACCUACGUAGGUGUGGUGGAUGGAGAGAAUGAAUCGGCAUCUCCGCAGCUGAUGGAGGUGAUGAACUACGUGCUGGGCAAGCGCCGUGAGCUGAAGGCAGCUGUGCCGGACACGGUGGUGGAGCCGGCACUCAAGGCCGCACUCAAGCUGUACCAUGUGUCUGACUCUGAGGGGAAUCUGGUGAUGAGGGAAGUCGCCACGCAGCCGCUGACGCAGAACCUGCUCAAUCAUGAGGACUGUUACAUCCUGGACCAGGGGGGCCUGAAGAUCUACGUGUGGAAGGGGAAGAAAGCCAAUGAGCAGGAGAAGAAAGGAGCCAUGAACUAUGCGCUGAACUUCAUCAAAGCCAAGCAGUACCCGCCAAGCACACAGGUGGAGGUGCAAAAUGACGGGGCAGAGUCGGCCGUCUUUCAGCAGCUCUUCCAGAAGUGGACCGUGCCCAACCGGACCUCAGGCCUGGGCAAAACCCACACUGUGGGCUCCGUGGCCAAGGUGGAGCAGGUGAAGUUCGAUGCCUCGUCCAUGCACGUCCAGCCUCAGGUGGCUGCCCAGCAGAAGAUGGUGGAUGAUGGGAGUGGGGACGUGCAGGUGUGGCGCAUUGAGGACCUAGAGCUGGCACCUGUGGAUUCCAAGUGGCUAGGCCACUUCUACGGGGGCGAUUGCUACCUGCUGCUCUACACCUACCUCAUCGGCGAGAAGCAGCACUACCUACUUUACAUCUGGCAGGGUGCCCAGGCCAGCCAAGAUGAAAUUGCAGCAUCGGCUUAUCAAGCCGUCAUCCUUGACCAGAAGUACAAUGGUGAACCAGUCCAGAUCCGGGUCCCAAUGGGCAAGGAGCCGCCUCAUCUUAUGUCCAUCUUCAAGGGACGCAUGGUUGUCUAUCAGGGAGGCACCUCCCGAGGUUACAACCUGGAGUCUGGGCCCUCCACACGGCUGUUCCAGGUCCAGGGAACCAGAGCCAACAACACCAAGGCCUUUGAGGUCUCAGCGCGGGCCAGUUCCCUCAAUUCCAAUGAUGUCUUUGUCCUCAAGACGCAGUCCUGCUGCUACCUAUGGUGUGGGAAGGGCUGUAGUGGAGACGAGCGGGAGAUGGCCAAGAUGGUUGCUGACACCAUCUCCCGGACAGAGAAGCAAGUGGUGGUGGAAGGGCAGGAGCCAGCCAACUUCUGGAUGGCCCUGGGCGGGAAGGCUCCCUAUGCCAACACCAAGAGACUACAGGAAGAAAACCUGGUCAUCACCCCCCGGCUCUUUGAAUGUUCCAACCAGACCGGGCGCUUCCUGGCCACAGAGAUCCCCGACUUCAAUCAGGACGACUUGGAAGAGGAUGAUGUGUUCCUACUAGAUGUCUGGGACCAGGUCUUCUUCUGGAUUGGGAAACAUGCCAACGAGGAGGAGAAGGCGGCUGCAGCAACCACAGUGCAGGAAUACCUCAAGACCCAUCCCAGCGGGCGUGACCCCGAGACCCCCAUCAUUGUGGUGAAGCAGGGACACGAGCCCCCCACCUUCACAGGCUGGUUCCUGGCUUGGGAUCCCUUCAAGUGGAGUAACACAAAAUCCUAUGAGGACCUGAAGGUGGAGCUCGGCAACUCUAGAGACUGGAGCCAGAUCACUGCUGAGAUCACAAGCCCCAAAGUGGACGUGUUCAAUGCUAACACCAACCUCAGUUCUGGGCCUCUGCCCAUCUUCCCCCUGGAGAAGCUAGUGAAUAAGCCUGUAGAGGAGCUCCCUGAGGGUGUAGACCCCAGCAGGAAGGAGGAACAUCUGUCUAUUGAAGAUUUCACUCAGGCUUUCGGGAUGACUCCAACUGCCUUCUCUGCUCUGCCUCGAUGGAAGCAACAAAACCUCAAGAAAGAAAAAGGACUAUUUUGAGAAGAGAGGCUGUGGUUGUAAAGCAGCACCCUACCGUAAUUGUGGGGUUAUCACCGGUAUUAGUCCUAUACCAAUUGAAGUGAAAUUUUACAGUUGUGCCUACGAGCAAACUUCUAUGGGCAAAUGCCACUUUUUUUUUUUUUUUAAGCAAUUUACCUAUUCCUUCAGAAAGAUGAUAUCCCAAAAGGAGCCUAUGGUCCUCAUUUCAGCUUCUAGGAAGGUCACUAGAUUGUUUCUAUCCUGAGGUGUUGCGUCAUUUUUAAUACUCCUAUUCUAGAGCUUUCUCUUCUGAGAAAAGCAGGGAAACACUCCAUGGAACAUUAGAGUUCUGAGACACUACCUAGCUUGUCCUCUAUCAUGACUCAUUUUUACCUAUGGAAGGUAGGCUGAAGCAUUUUGCAGGUUUACAACAUCCCCGGAGUAACAGCUUUUCCUUUUCACAUAUACUUUCCUUACUGCCUUAUUCAGUGGGUAAGUUAGAGGGUCGAAGGAGAGUUGAAUGGGCCACAAGACUGCCCUCUUAGGAGGUUUCACAAAUGCCAAACAGUACCCAGUGGGCAACACAUCCACUAGGGCUAAGCUUGAGACCUAAAGGCAAGUAUGAAAUGCAAUGCUAUUUCACUCCUUCUCCCAACCCUUAAUAAUAAGGCAAAGGAAAAGCCUAGUGAAGGUCGAUACUAGGUUUACAAACUUACCCAGAAGCCUCUGCAAAGCUUCACAUACUCCUCAGAUGAAAAUAACAGGAAUCAAUGGUGACUAUGGCCGAACACUGGUUUGCCAUUCUGUUACCUUUAAGAAGUAACAGUGCUGCAAGGAAUUCCAAGUCAGAAAGCCAACAGAAGGCAAUUUCCACAACUUUGAACGGGUUGUUUUAAGUUAUCAGCAAGAAUGUGUCCUUUUCAGAAAUAACAGUCCAAUCAACAGAAGAUUAAUAAAGGCUUUAAUUUCGUACACACAAAAAAAACCUCUAUGCAUAAUUUAAAAAGGAAACAAAAACAAGGAAAAACCGUAAAGGAUACAGAGGAACAGUUCUGCUAAAACACAGAUAAAAGUGCCGCUCCAUACAAAACAUAAAGUAUCAGAAUCAAAAGUCACUCUGAACAUAAAGGAAAAAAAUCACCUCACAAGUAAUGUGGCCACAGCUGCCAGCAAACCUGGUAGUGGCUCAAUUAGGCAAAGUGUAGGAAUCUCAUUGUUUUUCUCUCUUUAAGUAUAAAGAAACAACAUUGACAAUAGGCCAGAGAAGUUAGGGAGGGAAGGAAAAGCGCAGAGGGAGGAAAACCUGGGGACAAGAGGUGUGCACAUCCACAUGUGGUCUCACUCUUCACACAGGCCCACUAUCUUUGAAACAGACCAGUUUAGUUGACUGCUCUUCUUUGUUCUGGCGUCUGACCAGGCAAACCUGUAUCCUGGUCCAGACCCUCACCCACUCUUGUUCUUAUGCCAAUAGACAUACCUAUAUUUUGAACCUCUGUACUUUUAAGAAAAGUCCAAUGUUACAAAAUCAAAUGCUUACAUUCAGACUGGCACACUUUUUAAUAAAAACUCUGUACACCUCAGACUUACAGCACACAUGGAAACAACUUACUAAUUGUAUAUAAGUAUGAUACAAUGAAUGAGACUGCCUCAAGUCUAGUAAUCAAAGCAUGCCAUAAGAUGAAUGAUUGUGGUGAAAACACAGCAAAAUAAUUGUCACAAAACUCUCAAGUCCUAACAAACUAGUUUUCCAAUAAAAUAAAAUUUUUCAAAUGUUAAUGACAUAUCAAUAGAGACAAAAUUAGAAUUUUGAAGUAAUGCAAGAGAAAGACUUUAGAGGGCAGAAGUCUAUUUAAUUAUUGUAUAUACUUGUAAGAGUGCAUUACCCAGUAUAAAACAAAAUAGGGAGGAAAAAGACAUCUAUCCAUUUUAUUGGAACACAUUUAUGUGCCUUGCAUCUGAUGUUGGGUUGUUGAUUUUCCCAAAAAAUCUCCUAUAUAUACAAAAAUCCACAUGUACUUGGAGAUCCAGCUCUGUUUCCCCCGUUAAAAAGACCACCUGGGGGAGGGGUCAAUUCAGUUAAAAAGGUCCCCCUGCACCCCAAAAUGGGAGAGUAUCCACUGCAGUCAUUUCAGAGGGCAAAGGAUAUUUUUAUUUGCUUUAAUACAACCUCUUUUUAGUCGCUCACAAGUGAGUUUACAAACUACUUUUUUUCUCUUUAAUUUAGGUGUUUGCAGAUAAUUUUCAUUACACAACUGUAUCUGUAGCUGUACAUGUGUACAGUUAAAUAACAGUAACUUUACACGAUGUGGAAAAAUAAAUUCAUGGAUUAUUUUGCUGAGGUUUUAAAUUUUAAAGCCUGUUUCAGAAUUUUACACUUGAUCAAGGAGAAAACAAAUGUGUGGUCUAACAUUUGCUUUCUGUAGUUAACUGACUGAUCUGUAAGUACCACUGCAUUAUGUCUUAAAAUGUAAACACAUUUACAUUUGCUUUAUUUGUUAUUGAGCCUUUUAAGUUAGGCCCAGAAUGAACAGACCACAGCAAGUAAACAAAACUUUUGGAAUCAAAGUAUUAACAGAAGAUCAAUUCAUGGAUUUGCUUAUUAUAUCCUGCUGAGACAAAACUCAUGAGUGUGCACACACAUAUGAUAUAUCCCUAUGAAACAGUCUAAUCUUCUCAUAGGCCUAAAUUAUAGUCAUGGCUAUUAAAGAAAUUAACAGCAUCCAGCCAUGUGCAACUUUCCAACCUUUAGUAAUAUUAGGGGAUUAAAAUCAAAUAUGAAAUUCAGCUUAUUUUUCCUUUAAAAUUCCAACAAAGAUCAAAAGAUUGUAUCUAGAAUUAAUUGCUAUCAAGUUCCAAUUCAAUGUCAUUUAAAGUAAUAUAACCACACAUUUGGUAUUUUCAAUAGGAAGGUGAAUUAGGUAUUGUGCAAACAGCCUGCAACGGAAGCACUCAGUCUUAUCUAACUUGUCCCUUCUUGGCCCCAACAUGCUAACUGCCCCAUCCUCCAAUAAUGGGCAAACUGAUCACACUGUGCAAAAAA